AUGAUACAGUCGUUCAAUAUUGAUAACAGCGGGACCGCGAAACUGCACCUUAUCGGCCCGGGCAAGGGGGCUACGGAUUUGAUCGAUAUCGUCUUCGUACACCAAAUUGGAGGUGACCCCAAGAGUAGUUGGCAAUCUCCCGAUUCGCCUAGUUUCUCCUGGGCAGUACACACCUCGAAGGCCAUUCCCGAAGCACGGGUUUGGUCUUUUGGUUACCCAAUGGGCAAUAAGAUCAUCUUGGAAAACCUAGCUCAGGACUUGGCGCAGCAACUUUGUUCCUUGAGAAUAAAAGACCGUGAAGCCGGCGUUAUCUCCAGCACAGACAUACCCAAGAUAGUCUUCGUCGCCGCCGGUAUUGGAGGUGUCAUCACUUUGUUAUGGUGCAAAAUCAUUCGCGAUGCUUCAAAGAUGUCGAUCUGGGAGGGCUGUGUUGGCAUCGUAUUUCUUGGCUGUCCCCAUGGCAAGAACCAAGAUGCUUACCGACCUUGGGCGCGCGCUCAUGGAAUGUUGAUCGAUCGUUUCAAGGACAUAGCACCAGAAAACCGAGGACAGUGUCUGGACGUCGACAAUGAGCGUAUCGUAGAUGACAUGGAAGACAUCAACAAUGAGUAUCUCGAGAUCUUCCCUGAAGUCCCGCCAUCUCUAUCCGUGAUAAACGAGGAUGCUGGCCUGGAUCCUCUUGCUCCGCAAAGGGACAAUGGGAUUUUCCCAGUGGUCAGAGAAGGGACCGACAACUUCAAGAUCACGAGACACCAAGUGCGCUGGUAUGCUUUCGCAGACCCAGAGGAUAGCGUGCUUCAAUUGAUUCUAGAAAAGAUCAGACAAUGGAUAUCAAGCCCCAUGAAGCCAAGGGAGUCGGGAUUACGUCUACUGAGUCUGGAUGGGGGCGGUAUAAGAGGUUUAUGUAGCCUCAUGAUUCUAGACAGGAUCAUGGAGGAAGUCCAGAGGGUGGAAAACUCAGAUACUGACGGUGCAUCUAUCCGUACGUGCUUACCGUGCGACUACUUUGAGCUCGCAGGGGGUACAAGCACCGGGGGAUUGAUUGCGAUCAUGCUCUUUCGUUUGCGUAUGGACACCAAGACUGCGAUUCACGAAUACAAGACUCUCGCGCCAAAGAUUUUCCGUGGGUCCGUAUCAGUACUGAUGAAAUAUGCGUUCAAUGGAUUCAUUUUCGAUGGGAAGACCCUCGAAAAUGAGGUAAAAGAGAUGGUGAAGGGAAGGAUAAGCAGAGGUGAAGCCCAAGCCUUGUCUGGUGACAUUCGUGACGCGCCAUUGCGACCAACCAUUGAAUCACUCAGGCACUUGGAGCAAGGAAAGAUGUUUGUGAGUGCAGUUCUACGGCCCAACAAUGAGCCUUGCCGCCUGAGGAACUACUGGCCGAGAGAUACACGUCCACGUUUCGGUGGUUGUACCAUCUGGGAAGCUGCUCGCGCGACCUCUGCCGCACCAUUUUACUUUCCACCAGCCUUCAUCUCCGACAUGGAGUUCUGGGAUGGCGGAGUCCAGAACAACAACCCAAUCGACGAAGUGGAUGCUGAACGACGCGACCUAUGGCCUUUGCGAAAGAUUUCUUGCAUCAUAAGCAUCGGCACGGGAAAGUCGUCCAAAGUCAAGUCAACUGGGCUUCUGGCGCUGCGGACUUUUAAAGCACUGCUCGACAAUCUAACCAACACAGAGAUUCGCCAUCAAGCUUUCAUUGAAAAAGCGAAGUCUGAACGGAUUGAUUACUUCCGAUUCAAUCCGACCACUGGGAAUGAAAUUAUUGGACUCGCUGACUAUCAGCUCAUGGGGAAGCUUGAAAGCUUCACUGAGCAGUAUCUUGAGACCCCAGAGACACAGCAAGAACUCAAAAAGUGCGCAGAGCUGCUGGUGAAGAGGACGUAUCACUGA